CCGUGCAUGGCAGGCGGCUCAGCUGGGCUCUUGAUUCCUUGUUAAUAAAAUCAGCUGUCAGGCUGCGCAGCUGCUAAUCCCCCCUGUCUGCUGCUAAUAGGGGAGGUGAUGGAGUCGGGGACGUGCUGGUGGCACCGCUCUGCCCCUUCCCUGCCCUGCAGCUGGUGGCCACAGUAGCAAAGGGGGAGAGCCCCCCAGUGCCAUGCGCUGUCCCCUCCUGGUGGAUGGCACUGUGGGGACACCACAUCCUGUAGCCAAGCUGCUGUGGUGUCAACCCUAAAGGACCCUUCUUGGGGUUCAGGAUUCAACCACCGCUGCCCUCCCUGUUCCCUUCGUCCUUCGAGCGCGUGGUGCUGCACAGGGGGGAUUUAAUCACCCUCAUUAAGCACACAACAGCAUCAUUAGGGAGAAUGAAGUUCUCACUUCAGUGGAGAUGGUGAACAGCUUGGUUGGGCGGUGAUGGCGUGGGGCGAAUGGGGCAAAGGGCUGCUACCUCUUGAGGUCAGAACGUGCCAAUGCCAUCCUGCUGCGGCGUCUGCGUCCUUGUGUCUGUGUCCUUGUGUCCAUAUCCUAUGUCCUUGUGUCCCUACAGAGACUGGGGAGCUGGCAAUCCUAUGGCCAGUCCUUGGUGGAAGCUGUUGCCAAAGGGAUGGGCACCAGAUAGAAUGAACGGGGUUUGCGGGACGGAAAAGAUGAAUAACCUCCCCUUGUCUUCAAUAUUCAUGAGCUCCCAGAGGGAAAGAACGGCUCACAGCCCCAUGGGGACAGCCCUGUCACCACAGCCUGACAUGCCACCGGACCACCAGGCAGGGGGGACAUGGAGCAUGGCGAGGACUGUGUCCCAUUGCAGUGCAGCGUCCCGUGUCGCGGGCAGGUGGAUGCUAAUUGACAUUUCCUUCCUCUGUAGUUUGAUGAAAGGCUCCGGCGACGCCGAACUGAUUAAAACAUCAAGGGGAGGCCCCCGUGCUCUGCUUUGAUUUGUCUCAGGAGAUUAUGGCUGCUCCAUCAUAGCCCAUCCGGUGUGGGUGACCCCGGCAUGUGCUGUCCCCACGUCACCACAGGGAGCCUGCUGCCAUCGUCCUACAGUGUCCUUGGUCUGUCCCAUGUCCCCUGUCCAGUCCAGGAGUAUGCUAUGAGGUCAGGCAGCUCAGCCCCGUCCCCGUAUGGCUGUGUGCCAUGGGUGGGAGCACAGUGCCCCUCUGCCGUCCCCUCCCUCCACCGUUGCUAUUUCACUUUCUUGCUCUUCACCCCCAGGGACUUUCUCUGGGGUUUGGGCCAAUUUGCAUACAUUUUAAUCUAUAAAAAAUUAAGCGGCGCUGGCUGCUGCUCUGAGUCAGACCUCCCCGUCCUGAAUCUUAAGGAGCUGAAUAAUUUUCCACUUUUGCUGAGAUGUGUGGAGUCUGAUUCACGUUCAUCUCAUCACCUCUCAUUAGAGAAGGGGGCUGAGGGGAACCGGGGGGUGGGGAAAGAGCCUUCUGGAUCGUUCAGCAGCCCUAUGGCACUGCCAUAUGGGCAGUGGGGUGGCCGUGUGCCCAUCCAUGCCAUCGGGACCGCAGCUCUGGGUGCUGACACCCAUCCUCCAGCUGUCCCCAACGCAUCCCCUGCCCAUGGGAUGUCUGCUUUGGGCAGGACACGAAGAUGAUGGUGGCUUUGUCCCCACACUGGGGACACUGUGUGCCCUGUCCCCUUCUCCGAGCUCUGCCGCUGGGUCGGAGCUGUUAAUAUUCUGCACGCUCCGCCAUUCCUCCACCUUCUGCCAUCUGCCCAGAUCUGCCCACCACUUCUAUUCUUGCCGCCGACGUAACGCUCCCUGCACGGCACUCAGGGAGGGGGACCCUGGCCCUCAGCCAGCGCCAGCAGGGGGUGACGCCUCUGCUGUCCCCAAACCCUGCCUUGGUGUCACUGGGACCUCACCGGCAUGCAGACCCCGAUGGCACCGCAGCCACCGUCCUGUCAGAAGGGUCUUCCAACCCAGCCUGUGUCACAACCUUGGUGUAAAUAAGGCGUCAGCAUCUGGCUGAAGCAGCCCUCCAGGCAUGGGGCUUUGUCACUGCGAUACCCGCUUUCCUAAUUAAAACACCACGGGAACGUGGCCAAGCUAAUAAUCCCCCGAAAUGGUGCAAUAAACCACCGGUGAAGGUGGCACGCUUAAAUCACACGACAGGGCUUUAUCUCCCAAUGGCAGCACCAGGUAUGGGUUCCAGGGGACAGUGCCACUUUGUGCUGUCCCUGUCCAAGUGCCAGCCAGGCGUGGGCUGGAGGGCAGCAGCAGUGCCCAGGGUGUGUGGGGGCACGGCCUCUGCUAUGGGGUUGGCACGGUUGGGGUUGGCUCCGAUCCCCGGCACGGUGGCCGUGCGCUGGGUCUCUCCGUGCCGCUGCAUUAGGAAGCUGGCAGCGUAUUAUUUGAUGAGCGGAUAAUCCGCUGAAUUGCAAACAGCUUUACCCAAUUGAAGAGGCGGAUUAGCGCUCUCCACUUUAAUCAUGUUGACAUCUCGGAGAGUGGCCAGUGCUCGUCCUCCCCGCUGCGUGCCGAGGGGUCCCCCGUUCGCACCGCGUCACGUGCCGGCAGGGACACGGCGGGGCUGGGGACACCGGCAGAGGGCAGGGAGGACGUGUGCCAUGACGCUGCCAUCCUGAUGCCACCCCGAUGCCGCCUGCACUGCUGUCCCUCCUGCAGGUUUACAGAUGCUGAGGCGGUGGUGAUGGGCGAUGUGACGUACGGCGCGUGCUGCGUGGAUGACUACACGGCGCGGGCUCUGGGUGCUGACUUCUUGGUGCACUAUGGACACAGCUGCCUGAUCCCCAUCGAUGCCACGCGUGGUCUGAAGAUGCUCUACGUCUUCGUGGACAUCAAGAUUGACACAUCCCAUUUCCUGGACACCAUCCGCUUCAACUUCGCCGCAGGCUCUUCCCUGGCCCUGGUCAGCACCAUCCAGUUUGUGGCUGCAGUGCAGGCGGCCUCAAAGGAGCUGCAGUCGCAGUACAAGGUGUGUGUGCCCCAGUGUAAGCCUCUGUCCCCUGGUGAGAUACUGGGCUGCACAUCGCCCCGGCUCGCACGGGACACUGAUGCCAUUGUCUAUUUGGGGGACGGCCGCUUCCACCUGGAGUCCAUCAUGAUCUCCAACCCAGGGAUACCCGCCUACAGGUAUGAUCCCUACAGCAAGGUCUUCUCGCAGGAGCAUUAUGCCCAUGACCGCAUGCGUGAAGCCCGGCAGGCUGCCAUCCGCUCCGCCACCCGCGCCCAGUGCUGGGGGCUGCUGCUGGGCACCCUGGGGCGACAGGGGUCCCCUGCCAUCCUACAGCACCUGGAGUCACGGCUGCGUGCCCUGGGCCGGCCCUUCGUGCGGGUGCUGCUGUCUGAGAUCUUCCCCAGCAAACUGCAGCUCUUCGACAGCGUGGAUGCGUGGGUGCAGAUCGCCUGUCCACGGCUCUCCAUCGACUGGGGGGAGGCCUUCGGCAAACCACUGCUGACACCCUAUGAGGCAGCGGUGGCUCUUGGGGACAUCGAGUGGCAACAGCCGUACCCCAUGGACUUCUAUGCCAGUCAAUCCCUGGGACCGUGGACGGCCAAUCGCUCAGCACAGCCAGCCCAGGAGAAGCCACUCACAACCCCCAGCCUGAAGAAUGGCACUGAGGGCUCCCGCAGUGCUCACCCGCCUGAGGACACGGCCACCUCCUGAACAGGGUCCCGGUGGCCCCGCUGCC